AUGAUGUUAAGUAAUUUAACUCAUAAUGAAAGUGAUACAAUAUAUCAUGGAAAUCUUUUUCUUAAAAAUCUUGUUGAACAUGAACAAAUUGAAAUGAAGAAAAAUUCGACAACAACAACAAUAACAACAACAAAUCGAACCAAUAAUAAUAAACCAAUAAAUGAUAAACCAGUUAAUAAUCGUCUUGAUUUUCUUAAUUCUUCAUUAUCAUUAAUGCGUUCAACUGAUGAAUAUGGCGAUCUAGAACCAUCACUUGAUGUUUUAUCAUAUAAAUAUUUAGCUUAUUUACUUGAUGCAUUUAUUUAUUAUUUUCGUGAAAGUGGUUUAAAUGAAUCAAAUCAAAUAAUAAAAAAAAUAAUAACAUCAAAUAAUUCAUUUUUUCAACGUUCAUCAUCAACAUUAUGUCUUAGUUCAUUAGGACCAGAUCCAUUUCAAAUAACAAUUGAUGAUUCAUUACCAUUAGCAUGUCGUCCACAAUUAUUACAACCAAUAUAUGCUAAAUAUUCACAUUUACCAUCUCAACCUAGUUUAUCACAUCGUGAACAUUCAAUACCAGAUUUUUUACAACCAAAUUAUUUAAAUUUAUUUAAUAAUAAUAAUAAUAAUGAUGAAGAAAAAACAAAUACAAAAACACGAGAUAAUGAUCGUAUGGCUGUUGAUGUUUUACUUGAUUUAAGUGCUGGUUUAAUAUCAUCUAAUCGAAAAAGACAACAAACAUCACAUUCAAUUCUUCUUAAUGGUUCAUAUGAAUAUUUAUUAGCACGAUGGAGAUUUUCAAUUGAAUUAUUUGUUAAAUUAUUUUUGGAUGAUGUUGGUAAUGAACUUGGAUCAAUAAUAAAUGAAUCAAGUGGAUUUUCAGCUCGAGAACAACGUUUUCGUCAUGAUAUGGAAAGACUUAAAAAUGCUCAUCAAAAAGAUAUACGUUUUGAAGCGAUGGAACGUGAUCGUAUAUUAUUAAUACAAAAAACAUUUCGAAUACUUAAUUCAUAUUAUUAUCGUAAUCAAAAUAUGAAUUCAUCAUCAUCUGUACCACCAUUAGCUGUACAAAGAGUUAAAAUUACAUUUAAAGAUGAACCAGGAGAAGGAAGUGGUGUUGCAAGAAGUUUUUAUUCGUCAAUUGUUGAAGCAAUCUUAUCUGAAGAAAAAUUACCUGUACUUGAAUUGGGUACAUAUGGUGCUUUAUCAGCUGCUCAAUCAACAUCAAAUUCUUUAUCAUCACAUGCUCAACGACAACAACGCCCAUCACGUGAACGUCGUACAACAUUAGCAACAUAUUUACGUAGUGAUCGACGUUCAUCAUCAAUGCUUCUUUCAUCAGAAGCACGUCCAUUUAAAUUUCCGUUAUCAUCAACUGAUACAUCAAUAGCAACAACAACAAAUAAUACUAAUAAUAAUACUAAUAAUAAUUCUGAAACAAAUAUAAAUGAACAUUGGACACCAAGUAAAAUAAAAUUAGGUGUUAGUAUUUAUCCAAAAGUGGCAGCUAUUCAACGAUUUCAUGCUGAAAAAAUUACUGGAAUGUUACUUGAAGGUUUACCAACACCACAAUUACAACGUAUUAUUAAUAUAGAUGAAGAUUUAAGAAUUAAAGUUGAAGAAGCUAUGAAUAUAUUAACAUCACAUAGUACACGUGAUGGACAACAAAAUGAUUCAUUAACAACAACAAAUGAACGUUUAUUAACAAAUAAAAAUUCAUUAUUUGAUAAACAAGCAAAUGAAUAUGCACCAUUAUUUUGGUAG